AAAAUCAAUUCAAACAGAAAACUCAUGAUACAACACUAGAACCACAACACACAAAUACUCAAAAUACUUAUCUUAAGAAAACAAUCUAAAUAUUAACAGAAGACAUACUCCUAAACACUAUGUACUGCAACUCAACCUUUUAAAUAAAAAGAUAAAUAACAAAAAAAAACCAUUAUAAGAAUAAACCCAGAGACUUAAUAAACAAAAAUGGAAGACGCCGCAGUAGUUGAAGAGACGCCCCAAGGAGUGGAAGGAAAGACCAAGCUGUCUGAUCCUGCAGUGCAAGACCAGGCCAUGAAAUCAAUUGUAGGGGAGGCCAUAGAGGCAGGAAGUGUGGCUAGUGGGGCGGAAGAUAUGAUUGCAUCCUUUAGGUUAUCGACCCUUGACCUUAUCAAAUCGGAUACUAAGACGGACAUGGUUCAGGCUAAGAUAAGCCGUGACAAGGAAGAGGCAGAGGAGCGAAAGAAGAUACUCCGGGAACUCGAGGCACGUCUAAAACGGCAACGGGAAAGUGAGCAGCGAAGUGCAUCGGUGCGACUCAGCCAGAAAGAGCAGUCCAUUGCCGAAGAGGAAUAUCGCAGAUCCACGGUUCAGUUUGCAGAGGAUAGUCCGGAAGGUAAAACAUCACCCUGCGGAUCGGAAAACAUAAAAGAAUCGACCUCUACGCUCACUAUGGUCCCGUCAAGUAUCUAUAUGAGUAGCAGUCGAGAUUCCAUAGAUGAUACCGAAUUGGAUCCCAUGCAGGUGGCUGUCAAGUCACUGAUGUUUGUCCCCCAUCUGUCCGACCUUUCUCUGGACGAUGACAAAGCGUCGAUUUUCAGUCGUCGAAGCCGUCAAAAGUCAACGACCCUAUCAAUUAAGAGCUCAAAAUCUGGUGGAGGGGAUGUAGGAGGGUUUAAGGAUCCCACAUCCAAGCCUGACUCCAAUAGUGAUGUGGAGGCGAAUCAGCAGGAAGAGGAGGAGAGCUCCGCCUCAGAGUCAAGCUUUGAUGCUGCCCAGUUUCGGGCUACACAGGAUUCCAUAUUGGACACCGUCACAAUUAAGUCUUUAUCCACGCACGAUGUUCACUUUGAUUCCCACAGCCAAAUGGAACUAGGCCUGGACGACUUUCUGAACUUAACGCAAAGAUCUCCGUCCGAGGUGGAGGUCGGCAUCGAGCCGCCCAACAAGGACCUUGAGAACAACCUUUUGGUUCGCGGAUUCGUUGGUCAAUUAAUCAACGAUGUGGUCUAUUCAGUGGAGCACAAGGAUCCCAGGGAGUUGCUGAGGGAAAAGUUGGACAAACUUAAGCUGAUCGCCAGUCUGGAGGUCCUUGCAGAAGAGUUCUUGAUGAUCAGGGACCUAAACCGCAUCCUCAACGAACGCAUGGUCAACUACAGCCGGCAGACCAAGAACUUGAGAAAUAUCCAGCCCCUUUCCAAUGAAGAGACGGCCAUAGCCCAGCUACGGUAUAGUGCGGCUCUCAAAGCACUCGGCCAAGACCUUGAUCGGGUCGCUCAGGUGAAAGCUGAAGCGGCCCUGGCUGCCAAUAAGGCAAUCAUAUCCCUCGUCCAUAUCAACAACGUUGCCACCACCACGGAAGUGCACCUGGAGGCGGUUAUACGGAAGUUGCUGGUCCGGCCGGAUGCCGAAACCGAUUUCCUCAAGAGAAUGGUGGCGAAGGAGUUGCGACUGAUGGCCCAGGUCCGAAACGAGAUUAGUGACACCAGGCUCUUUUUGUUGACCCGACUGCAUACAUUGGCGGUUACUAGGGAAAGGGUCGCAAAACUGGAGUCUGUUGCGGAAAAUGUGAGCAUGAAUGCCUUCGUGGCCACGCAAGCAAAUGUGGUUGCCCUGGAAAAAAAAUUAGAAGAACGAAACGGGGAACUGAAGAAAUCGCGUCACCAGUACCAUUACGAACUACAUCAGAUUCAGCACAAUAGGGAAAAGGCCAUGGCCAUUAGAGGUAGACUGGAAUCUCUGAAGAUCGAGCUGGUGGCUAAAACCGAGAUACGAAACAUGCUGAAGAACAAGUUUGUGCGCUUGAAGAUGGACCGGCAAAAGAUACGGAAGGAGAUCCAGGAGCUCACCUACAGAGGCGGUAUCCUGGCGAUGCCUGCCCUUAUGUAUGACUACGAUCGCACUGUAGAGUACGCGGAGAAAAAGGAACAACAAGUCCUAACACUCAGAGAAAAAUUUCGAUCCGGCAGUACUUCCGUAUCCGCUUUCAGUUUGAGAAAGUCCUCAAGAGGACUAUAAUAU